AUGUCAUCUGCCGCACGACGUCUAUACAAAGUUUUGGUCACCCAUCCUGAAGUCCCGCUACCCGCUUUGGAACUGCUCCGCCAAAAGGGUUUCGAGCCAAUUGUUUGUGAAAAUGUUCCGCCAGUCAGGUCAGAUAUUUUGCAAAAAUUACCCGGUGUUGAUGCCAUCUUUUGGGCCUGCUAUCAACCUCUGAAUGGAGAAAUACUCGAUGCUGCUGGCCAGCAAUUAAAGGCGGUCACAACAAUGUCAUCGGGUAUCGAUUAUGUGGAUGUACCGGAAUUUAAGCGACGUCAAAUGCCAUUAGGUCAUACACCGGGGGUGGUGAAAAAUGGUGUUGCCGAUUUGGCCAUCGGACUAAUGAUAGCUGCGGGACGUUUCUUUCAUGCCGGUCGGCAAGAAAUCGAAAAUUCCCAAUGGAAAACGGAACGCAUCAAUUGGCUAAUGGGUCAAGAGAUUCGAGAUUCCGUCAUUGGCUUUCUGGGUUUCGGAGGUAUUGGUCAGGCCAUUGCCAAACGGCUACAAUGUUGGGAUGUUAAGAAGUUCAUCUAUCACACCAGGACGAGGCGGGAAAAUGAUGGGGACUUCAAGGCUCAGCAUGUGACCUUUGAUGAACUGCUCAAAGAAAGUGAUUUCCUGGUGGUGGCUUGCCCAUUGACCGCGGAGACUAAGGGGAAAUUUAAUGCAGAGGCAUUUGGAAAAAUGAAAAAGAAUUGUGUGUUCGUAAAUGUGGGGCGGGGAGGAAUUGUGGACCAAGACGCCUUGAUUAAGGCCUUGACAACGGGUCAAAUAUUUUCCGCUGGUUUAGAUGUAAUGACUCCAGAACCAUUGCCGGCCGAUCAUCCGUUAUUGAAAAUACCAAAUUGUGUCAUCAUUCCCCAUUUGGGUACCCAAACGAUUAAGACUACCACCGAAAUGGCCAUGGUGGCUGCCAAUAACCUCAUCAACGCCCUGGAAGGAAAACCUAUGAUCUGUCCUGCCUAUUAAA